AUGCCUUACAUAGACGAUUUGACAGAAGAAAAGUUUACUGAGAUGUUAGGAAACCCAGAAAUUGGCUAUGUCCAAAGACGUGAUGGGAAAGGCCUAGAACCUGGCAUGCCCGGAUAUAUUGUGAAGCCUACUUCAUAUCGGACGUAUUCUUGGAAUCUGGCUCAGGCUGUCAAAAUAAUCGACUUCGGAGAAUCAUUUUUGCGCACUACAAUUCCUGAAACACUACAUACACCUUUAUCUAUUCGGGCACCGGAAGUUAUAUUCCAAGAUCGCAUUGAUUAUCGUGUUGACUUGUGGAGCAUGGGCUGUAUGCUCUUUGAACUUUUCGUGGGCCAGCCACCUUUCGACACCUGCUUAAUAACACCCACAAUUCUUGUUGGCCAAAUGCGAGAGAUGGCAACUGAUGAUCUACCUGAAAGAUGGCAAGAGAUAUGGGAUACGAUGAAAGCAGGGGAUGGUAUAACCCCAGAAAGCACCGGGCCCAACCUACAGGAAUGGCUGGAAGAAGUAUACUUUGAUGGCCCGCUGAGUCCCGAUCUCACACGAGAGGACAUAGUGAGGCUGGGACAAAUCAUUGGAAGGCUAUUGCAUUUUGAGCCGUCUGCAAGAGCGUCAGCGAAACAAGUUCUUGAUGACCCCUGGUUUAAUGAGUGA